AUGCAGCCACCAGAAGAAAAGAAAAAGACUCCUUAUCAACAACUUAUGAUAAAAAUAGCCUCUUUUAUAAAAUUUGUAAUUAUUAUUAACAUUUUUAUUAAUAUAGGACCAACUACAGUAUUCUUCUGGGCACCUACAUUUAAAUGGGGUUUGGUAAUAGCGGGAAUUGGAGAUCUUAGACGACCACCAGAAACAAUUUCUCUUAGUCAAACUGCAAGUCUUAUGAUUACUGGUGCUAUAUGGUCUAGAUAUUCCCUAGUUAUCACACCAAAAAAUUACAAUUUGUUUAGUGUAAAUGCAUUUGUAUGCUGCACAGGGACGUACAGUUUUUUGAGAGGAUUGCUUUAUCAUAUGCAAAAGGAUAAAGAAUAAGGAUUUUAAGAAUUUAUUAUUAUUAUAUCAUUAUUUUUAUCAUUAUUAUUAUUGUUAUUAUUAUUAUUAUUAUUAUUAUUGUUAUUAUUAUUAUAUUUAUUAUUAUUUAUAGUACAUAUACCAUAAAA